UUUGGGGCCACAUGACCUUGCAUAUCACACAUUUCUUCCAGCCAGACCGGUGAGUGGGCAGUUUUCCCUCCCAGGUGGCGGGGACUGCUCAGAAUCCCUCCGGGGCCACCACUUUGUGGGCAGAGGUGUCGACUUCAAGAUGAAGACCAUAGAGGUGGAUGGCAUCAAAGUGCGCAUACAGAUUUGGGACACAGCGGGGCAGGAGAGAUAUCAGACCAUCACAAAGCAGUACUAUCGACGGGCCCAGGGAAUAUUUUUAGUCUACGACAUUAGCAGCGAGCGCUCUUACCAGCACAUCAUGAAGUGGGUCAGUGAUGUGGAUGAGUACGCGCCCGAAGGUGUCCAGAAGAUCCUUAUAGGGAAUAAGGCCGAUGAAGAGCAGAAGCGGCAGGUGGGAAGAGAGCAAGGGCAGCAGCUGGCCAAGGAGUACGGCAUGGACUUCUACGAAACAAGUGCCUGCACCAACCUCAACAUUAAAGAGUCUUUCACGCGUCUGACGGAGCUGGUGCUGCAGGCCCACAGGAAGGAGCUGGACGGUGUCCGGGCGCGUGCCAGCAAAGAGCUGGCGUUGGCAGAGCUCGAGGAGGAUGAGAGCAAACCCGAGGGCCCAGUGAACUCUUCAAAAACCUGCUGGUGCUGAGGGCCCUGCGUGGAGCACCCACAAGCCCCCCCUCCCCUCAGGAGGCCUGCGGCAGACAGGGAGUCUGGGCUUUGCCCUGCUUCUCCUCUCAUCUGGGUGACCCCGUGGAACAUCAGUAGCUGCUACUCCCCCAGCCUGGCCUUGAGGGUGGCUCCGCUGUCACCUCUGAGCGGCCCCCAGCCUCUCCCCCGAUUCCCUCCCGCCGCAGCCUGCUAUGAGCCCCGAUGAGCUCCCCAGACAGCGGCGUCCGGGGCUGAGGCCACUUUGAGGCUCCUUCUCAGUGGGUCUUGUCUCCUGACCGCUUUUCUCUCUUCUUCCCACUUCUCUCUGUCCCCCCACGCCCUGAGCCCUGUGCGUCCUGCUUUGUGGCUGCUGGUGCAGCUCCUUUCUUUCCUUUCUUCCUAACCCUGUCCAGGGGGAUGGACUCCAGCUCCUGGGAGAAACCCCACCCUGCUCUGUGGGUGGGCCAGAGGUGGGGAGCUUCUUCCCACCUCCCCUUCCCACGUCCUCCUUGGGCCACGGGUCCUCCUCACCACUGACCUGGGAACGUGAAACAUCUGGUGGGGAGGAACCUGGUCCUCAGCCUGGGGCUGCCCUACCUCUCCCAGCUCGGGCCUUGCUUGGCUGCCUGCCCGUCUGCCUCUUGGGGAACUGGGCUCAGAGGCAGGUGCUUCAGAGGAGAAAAUAAAUGACGAGGAGUGGCAGGGAGAAAAAGUCACCUCCAUUCUCUACCUCCCGAGCCGCACGUACACAAUUCCUCCCACCUGGGCUCCUGGAUUAAAGACCUGAACCAAAGCCUGAGGGCACUGCAGGGGCGAGGAGAGCCAGGGCAGUGAUUGACAAGCCAGCCGAGGGCUCCAGAAAGAGGAGCGUUGGGAACUGAAGGACUAGUUCCUCUAUAUCAGAUUACGAGCAAGGGAGAGCAGGCCAGGGGGGAAUAUGGACUCCCUGGGCCCUUCAGUUCUUGUGUGAGAAGAGCAUUUCCCACAACCCCCUGGCAGGUGAGAGGUGGGCCUUCACUGACCCCAGCCUUCAGCUCAAGGUUUUCACGAGACCCAGAGUUUGUGGGAGAGGAGCGGGGACUUCAUGGGAAGAAGGGAGGCAGGCCCUGAGGAAGUGCUCGGUGCUGUUCUCUUCCUUCUUCCAGACAAAGUGCUCAUCUUGCCCCUCUGGCUCCCGAGGGCAAGGCUUGCGGGUUUGCCAGCCUCACUGUGGCUGCGGGUGGCGGGAACAGGACUCCUGCAGGGCUCUCUGUUCAGGAAGAAGGUGUUUAAUCCCAUAUGGCCCAAGAGUAUCCCGAAGAAGGCCCUUUGAGGAAGGGACAAGUCAGUGACCAGCCCCAGCAGGGCUCCUGCGCCCCUUCCACAGUCGGAGGAUCAUCCUUAAGCUACAUAUUAGCUGCAUGGCAUGGCUGGGCCUGGAGCUAAAAGGAACAACUGGGCAUUGAGCAUUCACCAACUAAGUCCAAAAUCCAGGGCACACCCACGGGAAGGAUUAAGAGCCCCACUUCCUUACUCCAAAAAUGGGGUGUGGGCAUGAAAUCACUAACCCUUUCUUCCAGGCGUAUCAGGCCAGGGUGACUCAGGACGCAGGGAGGGGGGCGGGUUAGCAGAGUGGAAGGAAAGGAGGGCAGCAGUCAGUGGUUGGCAGGUGAAGAAUGGAGAGCUGGCUGGGGAUGCUUCCUGAGACUGGCUCCUCGGGUGUCAGGACACCAGCAGCAUCGCCUGGGGGUGGGAGGGCGGUCACUUCAGCCCUCAGAGUCAGCUCUCAGAGUGCCCUCAGCCCAGACUUCAGAGAGGGGAGGUCAUACUCGCCUUGGCUCCCACCCGGGGCCAGUAUUGCAGCUCUCCCUGGGGACAGGCUGAGCACCUCAGCCUUUCCCCUACCCCUCAGGACACAGGAACUGUUUUAACUGUGCCCCAGGGGUUCUGGGAGGGAAAGCAAGAGGCAAGAUUCUAGGGCUGAUUAGCCCCAUUCUAGGGCCGCAGUUGGGGGAGGGGUGGGAGCCGAGGACGGUUGGGAUGUUAGGGUGCAUUACAUUCAUCAGGUUCCAGAGGUGGCCUCCCACCCCUACACUUCUCCAACCCAGGAGGUGGCCUGGGUCUGGCAUUAGGCCCAGACUGUUGAACAGGCAGGCACUCCUGCCUGCUUACACCUCCCACCUCUGCACCUGCUGUCCUGAGGCUCAACCCAGCCCCGGCCCUGGCCCUCCACCUGCUCCUGACCCCCCAUCUCCCUGUGACGGGUGAACUCUGCGUGCUGUGUCUUGGGUCCAGUAAAUGAAUUGUGAGCAGGGUUCAUCUAUUUUAAACACAGAUGUUUACAAAAUAAAGACUAUUUCAAACCACA